AUGAUAGCUAGCGGUGUCUUCGCAACUGUUGUGCUCGCAAAGACGGCGAUGCGUGCGAGGUCUAGAAAGAGAGAAUCUUCCCAAUCCUCUUUACUAUUUGAAGACUGGAAUAUAAGUUUCAACUUACCUCCAAAACUUAUUGUGAGGUGUGCUGUUUGUUGGCGUCGGCGCACUGCAAAUGGUUAUUGGUGUCAAUACUGUGAAUCUCGUAGAUUUCGCGAAAAUUUUUCUAUCUGGACAAGUGGAAAUAGAUUUAUUGAUGAGUUUAUCCAAGAGACUCAAUUAAAUUCUAUUUGGUGGGCUGGUUAUUUAGAAUGGAUACCUUUUAAAAGAUUUCAGAAUGUUGAAUACAUCGCUAAAGGUGGUUUUGGAAGCAUUUAUUCCGCUAUUUGGGUUGAUGGCCCUAGAUGGGAAUAUGUUCCAAAUGCUGAAGGCUUUUUAGGAAGUAUGUGGAAAAGAAAAGGUGCUUGUAAAGUUGCUCUAAAAAUGCUAGAUAAUUCUAAAGACAUUCGUCCUGAAUUUUUACAUGAGCUCAGAGCUCAUUAUAAAUGUCUUUCUUCUGGACUAGUGCUUACUUGUUAUGGCAUUACCCAACACCCUGAUACAAAGGAUUAUAUGAUGGUUAUGGAUUACGCAAAACAGGGCGACCUUACCUAUUUUUUGCGUACUCAUAUGGCAAAUGCUGACUGGUAUCGUAAAGUUCGUGAAUUAUGGUACAUUGCUCAAGGAUUAAAAGCAAUUCAUGAUGCGGAUUUAGUGCACAAAGAUUUUCAUAGUGGAAACAUAUUGUUUAACACAUUUACUCGUCGACCUGCCAUUGGUGAUUUGGGCUUAUGUAGACCCGUUAAUGAAGAAUUAUCAAAUUCACAUGAAAAACCUGUAUUUGGUGUCCUUCCUUAUGUUGCUCCAGAAAUCCUCUUCGGUAAACCUUACACAAAAGCAUCUGACAUUUAUAGCUUCUCAAUGGUUAUGUAUGAAGUUUCUACUUUAAAAAAACCAUAUUGUAAUUUUGCACAUGAUGCUUCAUUGGCUUUGGAGAUUGCCAAGGGACUAAGACCGCAAAUAUUAGAAGGAACUCCUAAAAAAUAUGUUGAAUUAAUGAAAUUCUGCUGGCAAAAAGAUCCAGAAGGACGACCUAAUGCAGCCGAAUUAGUGAAGAAAUUAGAAACGUUAAUGAAUGAUCAAGAGAUUAAUAACGGUGUUGUGCCUGCUAUGCGUAUUGAUGAGGCUUAUCAUCCUGAUGCUGUAUAUACAAGUAGGGCUUUGCAGUUUCCAAAUUUGAAGAAUGCUAAGUUUGAUUCCAACUCUGGAGAUAUUGAAAAUGAUACAAAUG